AUGAAGAGCACUGCAUCUUCCCGGUCUACUUCGCCUAUUCGUAUCUCUACUUCAACUGGUACCUCUACUCCAAGAUGGGUGUGUGGAUCUAUUUCUUCCUUGACUACAACAGGCCAGCGAUGGCCAGCGAUGGCUAUCAAUUUUUGUGCAACUCCCUCCCACCCACGGACUCCCAGCUGUUGCUCUUGCGAAAGGCAAGGGUCUUCCCAUUCCAAUAUCAUUGACAUAAAUAUGAUUAGAUAUGUAAAUAGAUUAAUAAAGAUCAUAAUAUGUAAAACAUUGUGA